UCACACAGGCGUCGCGGCGGGAGGCAGCAAGAUGGCGUCGACGAGCCGUUUGGAUGUACUUCCAAGAGUGACUUGCCCAAAUCAUCCAGAUUCCAUUUUAGUAGAGGAUUACAGAGCUGGUGAUAUGAUUUGUUCUGAGUGUGGGCUAGUAGUAGGUGACCGGGUCAUAGAUGUAGGGUCAGAGUGGAGAACUUUCAGCAAUGACAAAGCAACAAAAGAUCCAUCUCGAGUCGGGGAUACCCAGAAUCCUUUGUUGAGCGAUGGCGACUUGAGUACAAUGAUUGGCAAGGGCACAGGUGCAGCGAGUUUUGAUGAAUUUGGGAAUUCAAAGUACCAAAAUCGCAGAACUAUGAGCAGCUCUGAUCGUGCAAUGAUGAAUGCUUUUAAAGAAAUUACGAACAUGGCAGACAGAAUCAACCUCCCUAGAAAUAUAGUUGAUCGAACAAAUAAUUUAUUCAAGCAAGUGUAUGAGCAAAAGAGCCUGAAGGGAAGGAGUAAUGAUGCUAUUGCUUCUGCUUGUCUCUACAUAGCCUGUAGGCAAGAGGGUGUUCCAAGAACAUUUAAAGAAAUAUGUGCAGUGUCCAGGAUUUCAAAGAAGGAAAUAGGCCGGUGUUUUAAACUUAUUUUGAAAGCUCUCGAAACCAGUGUUGAUCUGAUUACAACUGGAGACUUCAUGUCAAGAUUCUGUUCCAAUCUGGGUCUUCCCAAACAAGUACAAAUGGCAGCAACGCAUAUUGCCCGUAAAGCUGUGGAAUUAGAUUUGGUUCCUGGGAGAAGCCCUAUCUCUGUAGCAGCUGCAGCUAUUUACAUGGCAUCACAAGCUUCUGCAGAGAAAAGGACACAAAAAGAAAUUGGUGAUAUUGCUGGUGUGGCUGAUGUUACGAUUAGACAGUCGUACAGGCUGAUCUAUCCUCGAGCUCCAGAUCUCUUCCCAGCAGACUUCAAGUUUGAUACUCCAGUAGACAAACUACCACAGCUGUGAAAUUGCAGAGGGUUCCUUUUAAUUUCUAUUAAAAAAACUCCCCAACAACAACAAACGUUUGAUUUUUGCCUAUAAUAAAGGAUGUACAAAGUGUUAA